UCCGGAAGUUCUUCCAGGAGUUCCUCCGGAAGUUCUUCCAGGAGUUCCUCCGGAAGUUCUUCCAGGAGUUCCUCCGGAAGUUCUUCCAGGAGUUCCUCCGGAAGUUCUUCCAGGAGUUCCUCCGGAAGUUCUUCCAGGAGUUCCUCCGGAAGUUCUUCCAGGAGUUCCUCCGGAAGUUCUUCCAGGAGUUCCUCCGGAAGUUCUUCCAGGAGUUCCUCCGGAAGUUCUUCCAGGAGUUCCUCCGGAAGUUCUUCCAGGAGUUCCUCCGGAAGUUCUUCCAGGAGUUCCUCCGGAAGUUCUUCCAGGAGUUCCUCCGGAAGUUCUUCCAGGAGUUCCUCCGGAAGUUCUUCCAGGAGUUCCUCCGGAAGUUCUUCCAGGAGUUCCUCCGGAAGUUCUUCCAGGAGUUCCUCCGGAAGUUCUUCCAGGAGUUCCUCCGGAAGUUCUUCCAGGAGUUCCUCCGGAAGUUCUUCCAGGAGUUCCUCCGGAAGUUCUUCCAGGAGUUCCUCCGGAAGUUCUUCCAGGAGUUCCUCCGGAAGUUCUUCCAGGAGUUCCUCCGGAAGUUCUUCCAGGAGUUCCUCCGGAAGUUCUUCCAGGAGUUCCUCCGGAAGUUCUUCCAGGAGUUCCUCCGGAAGUUCUUCCAGGAGUUCCUCCGGAAGUUCUUCCAGGAGUUCCUCCGGAAGU